UCCUCUCUCUCUCUCUCUCUCUCUCUCUCUCUCUCUCUUUUAUACGAUUAUUGCAAAAACUUAUUAUAUAUAAGGUAAAUGAAGGGAUGAACCUUUGCUAGCUCUUGUUUCUGACUUAAUUAAGCCGAAAAUCUCCUAAGCAAUGGAGAAGCUUACAAGAUUGCCACCGGGCUUUAGGUUCCGUCCUACCGAUGAAGAGCUUGUGGUACAAUACCUCAAGAGGAAGGCCACGUCAUCCCCUCUGCCGGCUGCCAUCAUUCCCGAGAUCGUUCUCGGGAAUCAUGAUCCCUGGGAUUUGCCCGGUUGCUUUGAAGGAGAGAAGUACUUCUUCAACCUCCAAGAGGCGAGAUACCGAAACGGUAAUCGAUCAAAUAGAGCAACGAGGUCAGGGUACUGGAAGGCAACAGGAAGAGAGCAAGCCAUAUUGUGCUCAAAGAGGAAUGUGAUUGUUGGGAUGAAGAAGGUUCUUGCGUUUCAUCAAGUGAGGUAUCCUGGUGGAGCUAGAACUCAUUGGUUCAUGCACGAGUAUCGCCUUGUUGAUCAUGAAAUCAUGGCUUCAACCCAUAUUAAGAACCCAACCAAGAGCCCUUUGUUUCAAGACCAUAAUUGGGUGGUAUGUCACAUUUUUGUGAAGAAGAAAGCCUCAAGAAUAAAUGAAGAUAUGUCACAAUACUAUGACAACUUGCAAGCUAGAAACAACGAUGUCGUGUUCGUGGAGAUGAAUCAUAUGAUGGGUGGUGAUUCUGGCUCUCAAUCCCCUACUUCUAGUUGUAUCACUGAUUUAUCCGAUGAAGAAUGUAGCAAAGUAGAGGAAGCAAAUAGCAAUUUAAUUGCUUCUUCUCCAUAAUUUGCUUCUUUGUCUAUUUUCUCCUUUGAUCAAAAAUUAUAUCUGUCUCGGGAAAAUCCCUCUUGAAUAA